GCCCUAGGUCGACAGUGCUUCCGGGUCGCGGUCAAUUGGAGCCCGUAUCUGGGUGACUUCUUGGCGGUCGAGGUGGUGUCCCCCCCCCUCCCCUUGCUGUGUCCCGCGCUUUUCUCCCUCGCUGCCCCCUCUCGGGCGCCCUGAGGGCCUUGUGCCCCUGCCCGCCCAGGCUCACCGCGCCGUCGCUUGCUGCUGUCGUCGGGAGGAAAGAUGAAUGGGAGGGCUGACUUCCGAGAGCCGAAUGCAGAAGUUCCAAGACCAAUUCCCCACAUAGGGGCUGAUUACAUUCCAACGGAGGAAGAAAGACGAGUCUUCGCUGAAUGCAAUGAUGAGAGCUUCUGGUUCAGAUCUGUGCCUUUGGCUGCAACAAGUAUGUUGAUUACUCAAGGAUUAAUUAGUAAAGGAAUCCUUUCAAGUCAUCCCAAAUAUGGCUCUAUUCCCAAACUUAUAUUUGCUUGUAUCAUGGGAUACUUUGCUGGGAAGCUUUCAUAUGUGAAAACUUGCCAAGAGAAGUUCAAGAAUCUGGAAAACUCCCCCCUUGGAGAAGCUUUACGGUCAGGACAAGCACGACGAUCUUCACCACCUGGGCACUACUCUCAGAAGUCGAAGUAUGACUCCACCGGGAGUGGUCAGUCAUCUUUCGGGACAUCCCCAGCAGCAGACAGCAUAGAAAAAGAGAUGCUUCCUCACUAUGAGCCCAUUCCGUUCAGUGCGUCUAUGAACGAGUCUACUCCGACUGGUAUUACUGACCAUGUUGCCCAAGGACCUGAUCCUACCUUUGAAGAAAGUCCUAAAAGAAAAAGUAUUACGUAUGAGGAAUUAAGGAAUAAGAACAGAGAGUCAUAUGAAGUAACUUUAACACAAAAGGCUGACCCCUCAGUCAGACCUAUGCAGGAAAGAGUUCAAAGUAAACAAAUACGGAGAUACUUGGGAUGAGUGAGCAUUGGACCUGAAGGAGUCUCAGUACCAGCAUCAUCUAGGUGGCCACGACUCCCUGCAUGCUCUGAGCUCAGCAGCAGUCUUCAUAAACACAUUUAAAACCAGCCCCUGGGCUUCUGUGGUUUGUCUUAUGAUGUUCUAAAAACACAGAUUUAGUGUUGCUAUUGUGUACAUGUAAUCAUCUUGGGGGACUUAGAGGAAUGACAGUAUGCUCUGAUGUGUACGGCGUGUGAGGUUAAGUUCCACGGCAAAGGUACGCUUGUGAAACUGCCGAGAGACGUGAUGCCCUUGAAUCAGCGUAGAUGAAAAUAAACGAUAUCUGCAUGUGAGUGGGGGCGGGUGGGGGGCAGGCACAAUUCUAAGUGUUAAGCUUUACAUCAAAAAAUUAUUAAAACGCCUUUUUCUGGUACUUGCUGUAUUGAUGUUUAUGGUAAAUAAAAGGUAAAGGAGCAUGCA